AUGCCACCACCUGCAUCGUUUGAAGAAGUCGAGAUCCAAACCCCAAUCUUCACUCUAAUUCCAGGGCUCCCAAAUGAUUUAGCGGCCCUGAUUUUAGCAUUCAUUCCGUAUUCUCACCAUUCCCGUGUCAAAUCCACCUGUAAAUCAUGGAAACGAUUCUUUUCUUCAAAAUCCCUAAUUGCCAUUCGCCAGAAUUAUGUUCUUGCUCCUCAUCUGCUCUGUAUUUUCCCUCAGGACCCUUCUAUUUCCUCUCCGUAUCUGUUUGACCACAAAAAUCUCUGCUGGUGCCCCCUUCCGCCUAUGCCCUGUAACCCCUAUGUGUAUGGACUCUGUAAUUUCAUUUCCCUUUCUGUUGGACCUCACUUGUAUGUGCUCGGUGGGUCACUCUUUGAUACCAGGUCGUUCCCCCUUGACCGCCCUUCACCAUCAUCAUCUGCAUUUCGGUUCGAUUUCAUGAAUUUUUCUUGGAAUAUAUUGUCACCCAUGAUCACUCCUCGUGGCAGUUUUGCAUGUGCCGCUUUGCCGGAUUUCAAUAAGAUUGUGGUGGCAGGGGGUGGGUCUCGGCACACGAUGUUUGGGGCGGCAGGGAGCAGGAUGAGCUCAGUGGAGAUGUAUGACAUUGUGAAGGAUGAGUGGGUCGCAUUGGAUGGGCUGCCAAGGUUUAGGGCAGGAUGUGUGGGUUUUUUUCUUGGAAGAAGGGAGUUUUGGGUUAUGGGAGGAUAUGGAGAGUCGAGGAUGGUCUCAGGGGUGUUUCCGGUGGAUGAAUAUUACAGGGAUGCAGUGGUGAUGGAGUUGAAGAAUGAUGGGAAAUGGAGGGAACUCGGGGAUAUGUGGGAGGAAGGGGAGAGGUGGAGACUCGGUAAAAUUGUUGUGGUAGAGGAUGAGGGACAAGAUGUUCCCGAGAUUUUCAUGCUUGACAGGAGCGAAAUAUUCAGGUAUAAUAUGGCUUCUAAUAGCUGGAUAAAGGAGACAAGUGUGCCUAAAAAAGCUUCAGAUGAUUCGUCAGUUGGGUUUGUGGCAUUAGAUGGGGAGCUGCACUUACUUACCCCUCUGAAUGGAAAUGAUUCAAUGGAGAGCCUACGAUCGCGACAGCAUAAGAGGUCAGCAACACUGCUAAUACAAAUAUAUCAGCCUAGGAAGAGGACGUGGAGAUCCCUUGUUACAAAGCCACCCUUUCAUCACCCUAUCGAUUUCAAAACAGCAGUUAUGUGCACCAUUCGACUGUAG